AUGGAGGAGGAGGCUGUGAGGAAGAGGAAGAUGCCCCAGGACACCCAGGCAGACAAGGAGCUGAGGAUGGAGACCAGGGAGGACAAAUCCCCAAGGCAGAACCUCAUGGAAGAGGCUGUUUUGAGCAACACCACAGGGCAGGAAUCCAAGGGGGAGGAAAAGCCCCUGAGAUCCCACAGGAGGAGGUCCUGCAAAUCCAGCCCAGGAUGCUUUGAGGGGGAAAUGCCUACCCUGUGCCAGGGAGGUGGGCAGAGCUUCAGCCAGAGCUCAGAGCGGGUGGCUCAUGAGCAGCUUCGUGAUGGGGAGAAGCCCUACAAGUGCUUGGAGUGUGGGAAUAGCUUCAGGCAGAGCUCCCACCUGAUCAGACACCAGAUGAACCACACUGGGGAAUGGGCCUACGAGUGUGGGGAGUGUGGGAAGGGCUUCAGCUGCAGCUCAAAACUUGUCAACCACCAACGCAUCCACACUGGGGAGAGGCCCUAUGAGUGUCCUGAGUGCCAGAAGAGGUUUCACACCAGCUCCAAUCUCCUCCUGCACCAGCGGAUUCACACUGAUGAGAGGCCCUUCCGCUGCCUGGACUGUGGGAAGGGCUUCAAGUACAACUCCCACCUCAUCAGACACUGGCGCAUCCACACUGGGGAGAGGCCCUACGAGUGCCCCAUUUGUGGGAAGAGCUUCACCCACAGUUCUAACUUAAGCAGACACCAAAGGAAGCACCAGUAA